CGGCAGCAACCGCAGACGCAUCUUCUUACUGCCGAAUCUCUGCGGCUGCAAGUGCUUCUUUCCUCCCAGGACCUGCAGCACUGCCAACAACAAGACAGACACAUGCAGGUGGCAUCUACUCCCUGCAGGGCCAUGAGGCUUCUGGCGAUGGUGGUUCUUCUGCUGACUCUUACAGCGUCUGCGCAGGAUGAGUCGCGGAUCAUCGGGGGCCAAGACUGCGCCCUAGGUGAACAGCGCUACCAGGUUGUCCUCUCCAAUAGCAAGAGAAAUGGGCCAGAUAUUCUGUGCGGAGGCGUUCUGAUAGACAAGUACUGGGUUCUUACCGCUGCUCACUGUAACCAACAGGGGGUCAUCCACACAAGGAUGGGUGAUCACAGCCUCAGGGCGAACGAGGGCUCGGAGCAGUGCAUCACAUCUGCACAGAAAUUCCCACACCCCAACUACAAUCCCACCACACAUGACAGCGACAUCAUGUUGAUACGACUGAGCAAUCCCGCCUUCAUCAAUGAAUAUGUCAGGCCUAUUCAGCUGGCUACCCAAUGUGUUCAGCCUAACACUCGGUGCCAGGUGUCAGGCUGGGGGACCACGACAACCCCUCAAUCACAGUUUCCUGACAUCCUGCAGUGUGCCCAGGUCUACACAAUUUCAAAUGAAGAGUGCAACCAGGCAUACCCCAAUGGUAUCACGGAAAACAUGUUGUGCGCUGGUGUGAGCAGAGGCGGCGUAGACUCCUGCCAGGGCGACUCCGGUGGGCCCCUGGUGUGCAACGGGAAACUCGAAGGCAUCGUCUCGUGGGGGAUGCAGAUCUGCGCACAGUCUGGCAAGCCCGGGGUCUACACAAAAAUCUGCCGAUUCACCGACUGGAUUCAGAGCGUCAUACGAAACAACUCAGUCAACCGUGCUGCAGACACUUGUUAGUGCCAUGGGGAGAUGCUACCGCACCGGGACCUUGAUCUCAAAAUAAAGAUAAGAAAGCCGA